UUUUGAUCCUGCAAAACUUCAAGCCAUGGAAGUUAAUACCUACAGUGAUCUAUCACACAAAAUUCUUUUUCAAACGGAAUGCUACUCGGCUCGACAGAAAAGAGUUGUACUCUUAGCACUUCUGAUCUUUGCAACUUUCUAUUCAACUGAGGCUUAUGAUCCAUUGGAUCCGAAUGGAAACAUAACAAUCAAAUGGGAUGUAGUUUCUUGGACGCCAGAUGGAUAUGUUGCUGUAGUGACAAUGAACAAUUUUCAGAUGUACCGCCAUAUCAAUGCACCAGGAUGGACCCUGGGCUGGUCAUGGGCCAAGAAAGAAGUAAUAUGGUCUAUGGUGGGAGCUCAGACAACAGAGCAAGGAGAUUGUUCCAAGUUCAAAGGAAACGUACCUCAUUGCUGCAAGAAAACCCCAGUAGUUGUUGAUUUGCUCCCUGGUGUUCCUUACAACCAGCAGUUCUCCAAUUGCUGCAAGGGUGGAGUGUUGGCUUCUUGGGGACAGGACCCAGUAGGUUCAGUCUCUGCCUUUCAGGUGAGUGUUGGACUAGCUGGCACUUCGAACAAAACGGUAAAGUUGCCGAAGAACUUCACUCUGCUUGGUCCAGGACCAGGCUACACAUGUGGACCUGCAAAAGUUGUGCCUUCUACAGUCUUCCUUACUCCUGAUCGCCGGCGGAAAACCCAAGCAUUGAUGACAUGGAAUGUAACCUGCACUUACUCACAGUUUCUGGCCUCUAAGAACCCAACUUGCUGCGUAUCACUCUCGACUUUCUACAAUGAUACGAUCACUUCUUGCCCAACCUGUGCAUGUGGCUGCCAGAACAAACACAAUUGUAUAAAGAGUAACUCAAAGCUACUGCACAAGGACGGAAUAAAUACUCCUAAAAAGGAUAAUACGCCUUUACUACAGUGCACCCAUCACAUGUGUCCUGUUCGAGUACACUGGCACGUAAAAAUUAAUUACAAGGAUUACUGGCGUGUGAAGGUUGCUGUAACCAACUUCAACUAUAGGAUGAACUAUACGCUAUGGACACUGGCAGUGCAGCAUCCAAAUCUGAAUAAUGUAACUCAAGUCUUCAGUUUUGACUACAAGCCCCUAGUUCCCUAUGAAUCCAUUAAUGAUACUGGCAUGUUCUAUGGCAUGAAAUUCUACAAUGAUCUAUUAAUGGAAGCAGGGCCAUUUGGAAAUGUACAAUCUGAAGUACUAAUGAAGAAGGACAAGGAUACAUUUACCUUCAAGCAGGGUUGGGCCUUUCCUAGAAAAGUAUACUUCAACGGCGACGAAUGUCAGAUGCCACCACCAGAAUCAUACCCAUUUCUACCCAACUCUGCUCCUGAAGGCUCCAGUGCAGUUACCGAGUUGACCACCUCCUUGCUUUUGAUAAUCUGGCUUUUGUGGUGAUCAGUGAUCAUUCGUUUCAUUCUUGAUGAACUUCAAAGAGCUUUGCGCGUUCACAAUUCAAAGGAGAAUCUGCAAGACUACAACAAACACAGGUAUGCAAACAAAUUUAUUGGUCAUAGAAUACAUACUGAGCAGAUAAAUCAAUGUUUGUUGUUC